AUGUUCAUCGAGGGGGAACAGAUAGUUGAUGCAGCUGCCGUGGUCAAGGAAACAAAGGAGGAUCCAGUCUUAAGCAGGGUACUACAUUACACUAAAGAUGGAUGGCCAAGUAAACCUGAGGUGGACUUUCUACCUUACUACAACAAGAGGCUGGAGCUGACCCAUGAGGAUGGUGUUCUAUUGUGGGAUUCCCGUGUCGUCAUCCCGUCUGCUUUGCGCCCGCUCUUGCUAGAUGAUUUACAUGCAGAGCAUUUUGAAGUCGUCAAAAUGUUAGCACGGAGAUACAUGUGGUGGCCAAGAAUGGACCAAGAGAUUGAGGAUAUUGUUAAGUCCUGUGUGGCCUGUCAAGAAACUGCUAAAGCUCCAGCAGCGUCCCAACCUGCAGCUUGGUCUUGGCCUGUGGGGCCAUGGAAACGUCUUUAUCUGGAUUUUGCUGGACCUUUUCUUAACAAGAUGUUUUUAGUAAUUGUUGAUGCAUUUUCUAAGUAUGUCGAUAAUGUACCGAUGUCACACGCCACUGCUGCCAAUACCAUUGCAGCUUUGAGGCAUACGUUUAGCUAUUUUGGUCUGCCUGAACAUUUGGUCGCCGAUAACGGAAGCCAAUUCACAAGUGAGGAACUUCAGAAGUUCCUCAACGAUAAUGGCAUUCAGCACACGACAACGGCGCCAGGACACCCCGCCACUAAUGGUUUGGCAGAACGUUAUGUGGGGGAUUUUAAAGAUAAGCUUAACAAGAUAGGGGAUACCGGAGAACCUCUUCAAACAAAAUUGGAUCGGUUAUUACUCACUUAUCGGGCUACGCCCAUUUCACUCGGAAAGUCAUCCUGUGAGCUGUUAAUGAACAGACAACCAAGGUUAAGGUUCAACGCACUCAGAGCCAAGCAAAGUAAACAGGAGAUCAAGAUAUUCCAAGAUAACUUGGACAAUAAGCCCAAGUUUGCUCAGGACCAACCAGUGUUUGUCAGGGAUUAUAGGAGAGGAGCUCGAUGA